AUGAGUAGAUCUUCUUGACCGAGGCUGGAGGAGAUCUGGCUGUUUCCUGUACAAGCCUGAGAUGGAUAAGACAUGCUGUCCAGCUUAUACCAUUCGUCUGAAGGCAAGUGAUUUUGUUCAUUCCAAAGAGCAACUUCGUGUGCAUAGGCGAAUGCAAAGGUUUCUAGAUGGCACAUUGGAUGCAAAAAAGCCUGAGGAAAGGGACAAUCCAAAUAGUACUAAGGGUGCAUGUAAAUGUGGCCAUCGUAAAGUUUCAAGCUCCACAAGCACAAAAUCCUCAUCUGUUAAAAAUGAAGAAAACAAGAAAGCGGAAGUGGUUAUAAAUUAUUUGUCUGAACAAAUAGACAAUGCGGUAAAUACAUGUAUUGGAAGUGGGGAAUUUCCUUCCGGUACUCAGUUACCAAAAGCUUCCGUCAAAAAGGUUGUAGGAUCCAAAAGGAAACUGCUAACUAAAGGAUCUGAAGAUCUUUUAUUCUCCAGCAACAUUGCAUUCCAAAUUGUGGGUGCAGUGGGACGGGCACAGUCAGCAGAGAAGAAUGUGCAGAAGUCAAGAACGUCAGGGUAUAAUGCAGAAAGAAAUGGUCCAUCUCCCCAAAUAAUUGCUGAAAAGUUGUUAGGUUUGAUAAAUCAACUGCCAGAAACUUUUGGUCUUUCUAUCAGGGCUUGCAAUGGACAUAUCAACUUUUAUAUGGCUGCCAAAGAUGCUUCUUCUGAUAAAGAUGUUUCGGUUAUUAUUGCCUCUGAAGAAUCUAUGACAGGUAGCGAAAGCAAAAAUUGUUGCUGUAGAAGAUCCUCCGAAUGCCCUCAAUUAAAAAAUCGGAGGCUUGAGAUACAUUUAAAAAGGUCCAGUUUUGAUCCGGAAGAGUUUUCAUUAUAUAAACAUUAUCAAACAAAAGUGCAUAAUGAUACCCCUGAUCACCUUACUGAAAGCUCCUACAGGAGGUUUUUGGUUGAUACUCCUUUAGUAUUUGUUCCACCAUCUGGUGAUGGCAAAAUUCCUCCUUGUGGUUUUGGCUCCUUCCAUCAGCAGUAUUUGAUUGAUGGCCAGCUAGUUGCAGUUGGAGUGAUAGACAUCCUCCCAAAGUGUUUGUCAAGUAAAUACUUGUUCUGGGACCCAGAUUAUGCCUUUCUUUCUCUGGGAAAGUAUUCAGCACUGCAAGAAGUAGGUUGGGUGAAAGAGAAUCAGGUGCAUUGCCGUAGUCUUCAGUUUUAUUAUCUUGGUUAUUACAUACACUCCUGCAGCAAGAUGAGAUACAAAGCUGCAUAUCGUCCAUCAGAGCUUCUCUGUCCUCUUCGCUACCAGUGGAUAUCAUUUGAUAUUGUGAGGCCUUUGCUAGAUAGAAAAAAAUAUGUUGUCUUGUCAGAUUUUGCCACCACACAAAAUGGGGAUUCAUCACCACUUUCUGUCUCAGAAACUAUAGGACAGCAGACAUGUGUUGAUCACAGUGGCCAAGAAGACUUCAACGAGUGUUUUAUGGAUGAUGAAGAUGACGAGGAAAUGAUUGAACCUGAAUCUGACAGCUCUGAUGAUGAUUUGGGCCCAGAAACCAGUGACCAAACAUCUGGAAUAGCUGAUGGUGAUGUCACCAACAUUCUAAUUGGGUUGAAAGGUUCACGGUUUAGAUACAAGGAUAUCCAACGAGCUUUUGGUCGGACUGAAAAGAGUUACAUGGAAUCUCAGUUACGUAGAUACCGGAGGGUUGUUGGUGCUGCGUUAUCCGAGAAGAUGACUUAUUCAAUUGGGUAAAAAUUUGAUCAUUUUUGCAGGCCUCACCAAGUUGAAGAUGUAUGUUCUGCAGUCUGCAAUUGCAGCUGAAUCUGAGUCUGUUCAUCAUCUUCUUCAGGUUUCUCUUCUUGGAUUGGGAUGGGCGGAGUUGUUUUUGUUUAAUUCAUUUCUAGUGGAAGUAUAGAUUCUUAAUCCAGUUUGAUUUUGUUGUUUCUAUGUAUGUUACUUUUCAGUGGAAGUAGUAAAAGAAAGAUUAUAUUGGUUAUA